CUUUGCACUCAACCCAUUACAAAAUCCAAAAGGUGUCCCAAAACACUAAACACAACUCCCACUAUUCAUCCUUCCUUUCUUUCUUACUUUCAUCCCACAACUUCCCCCUUUAAAAUCCACAUCACUAUACACUAUUCCAAUGUUCCCUCAACUUUCCCUACUUGGCUACUAUAUACUCCCCCCACUUUCCUUUACCAAACUCAUGGGUCUUCUCCAACUUUCCUCUUUUCUCAUCAUGCACAAACUUACACCAUUUUCUCUUACAAAAUUAUCAUAAUACCCCAUGCCUAUUCCCCUUCACACCACCACUUUUACCAUUAUGGCAACUAUCUCUCAUUCUUCAUAUUAUUCUUCUCUCUUUUCUACCAUUUUCACUCUUUACAUCCUAAUCCUCCUUUACUUUCCUCAAGUUUUCGUCAAAUUGUUGUUAUCCCCUCUUUUGAUCUCCACUCUUGUCCUCCUACUCACCCUCUUACGAUUAGGCGCGUCACAACAACGCCUUAAACAACAACAACAACAACAACAACAACGUAACAUAACUCAAAAUGGCUUGGAACCCGAGCCUGGGACCGGGCCUAGGCAAGAAGAAGAAGAAGUGGCAAAGCUACAAUGUAAUAUGGCCAAAGCCCAUUCAACAAUGGAGCCCGAAACGUGUGAUCCGGGUCGGUUAGAUGAGGUUGAUUCGUUUAGCCUAAAGGAGAAGGAGGGUGCUAAUACACCCCGGCUUAUCAUAACUCAAAAUGUGUUGCAGAUACCCAAGCCCGGCUAUGGGCAUGAACCCAAUAGGGUGGAAACUGGCCCGGUUCAAGAAGAAGUAGGAGAAGUGGUAAAGCCACAAUGUAACAUGGCCGAAGCCCGUUCCACAAUGGAACCUGAAACUAGUUAUCCGGGUCAGUUAGAUGAGGUUGAUUCGUCUGUCAACCAUGACUACAAGAAAGAAAACAAGGCAUGUCAGAAUUUGGACUGGGCCGACAUCGAACCCGGUUGCGGCCCGAACCUUUUACUAGAGUGGGACGUGGGUGCGCCACUUGAAGUAAUAUACGAAGCGUACGAGGGGGAGGAAGAGGGUGAAGAAGAAGAACAGAACGACGCGUUUUGUAAGACGGGAAUAUUAAAGAGGUACCCGUCACUUUCCCGGUAUUUCCCGGAAUCGGAUUCGGAUUCGGAUAGCUCGUCGUCAUCUAUAUCGUCAGAUGAGGAGGAAGAAGAGAGAGAAGGAUUAUAUGAGAUAGCUCUUGGUAAUUAUGGGUUUAAUAACGGUGAUAAGAGGGUAAUUAAUAUGCUAAUGAUGCCAACUAAAAGAGGAGAUCAGAAAUUAGUUGAUCAUUAUUUUGAUGAUGAGGAUAAUUUAAUUGAGAUUGAUAUAUCUCCCACCAAAAUUAUGUCUGAUUUUUCUUGGUGAUUGUUUUUUUUUUGUAAUUUUUUGUAUUUUUUGGAGUUGUUACAUUUUGGUGUUAAGGCAUAGUUAAAUUAAUGUCGUACGGAAACUACGUAGUAUCAUGGUGAUUGAGAUGUACAUGUUUUGCAUGUUCUGUUAAUAUUAAUGCUGAUUGGUGAUCAUUAAGAUUUUA